AUGGCGGCGGUAAUUGUGAUUGCAGCCCAGGAGCACCGGCGCAGCCAGCGGGCUUCCGUGAUGAAGGAGGCUGCCAAUACCGCUGAGCUCGACACAGACAAUGAUGGCAACGUUUCUCCGCAGGAACUGCAGAAAGACUUGGACCAUGUGCAAGUGCGUGCGGAGGUUCUGUUGGAGAGGAUCACGCUGGAGGAUGGGUUGAUUGACCUCAUCAAGAACUUGCCGCUUUUCCUCUUGUGCCUCUUCUGUUUCCUGGCCGCGAUUGCCAUCCUCUCUCCGCCGCCGCAAACUGCAGCGAUUCAUCGGCAUUUGGGUACACACUUCGGCCUGGACCAGGUUGCUGAGAUCAAAGACACCUCGGCCAUCUACGACUUCUUGCAGACUUUCGAGGACAAGAACUCGGAACUGCGUGCGACUUCGUUCAAAUACUGGUGUGAGCAUCGCUACUUUCAAAGAAAGUGGGAUGAUCACUACCUGGUUCCUGUCAGCAGCUGUCCCAGUCCGAGAUACACAGCUUUGGAACUGCAAAGCAGUCCU